CGUCCUCUAUGAUCCCAAUGCGGGCUUGAGAUAUAUUUACAUCUCUUCGCUGAAAGAAAGAUUGCUAUACUCGACCCGACAAAUACAUAAUAGCACAAUGCCCCUUCCACAACUCCUAGUCGGCAAAGUCGCCGCCAUUACAGGCGGUUUGACCGGGAUUGGCCGAGCUAUUGCCCUCGACUAUCUCCGUCACGGCGCGAAGGUGGCCGUCAACCACCUUGGAGGCUCCAAUGACGAGUCGCUGCUCGAGGCGCUGCGCAAAGACGUGUCAGAGGUGACCGGGGGCGAUGAGAGCAGAUUCAUUGCAGUUGCCGGCGACAUUUCGCAGCCCGAGACCGGGCGAGAGCUCGUCACCAAAACUGUUGAAGCUUUCGGGCGGCUGGAUGUGUUCGUGAGCAACGCGGGCGUGUGCAAAUUCGAAGAGUUUUUGGAGGUCGACCCUGCCCUCCUCGUCUCCACGCUCAACACCAACCUCUCGGGUGCAUUCUAUGCAGUCCAGGCUGCAGCGCGACAGAUGGCGCUGGCCCAGUCUCCUCCUGGCGGCUCGAUCAUCGGCAUCAGCUCCAUCUCGGCGCUGGUGGGAGGAGGACAGCAGACCCAUUAUACACCCACCAAGGCGGGCGUACUCAGUCUCAUGCAGUCGACGGCCGUCGCGCUGGGGAAGUAUGGCAUCCGCUGCAAUGCUCUGUUACCUGGCACCAUCCGCACGCAGUUGAACGACGUGGAUAUGAGCGACCCCGCCAAGAGGACCUACAUGGAAGGGAGAAUCCCGCUGGGACGGCUGGGCCAGCCGCCGGAUCUGGCGGGACCAGCCGUGUUUCUGGCGUGCGAAGAGUUAAGUGGCUACGUGACUGGUGCACAGCUACUUGUGGAUGGUGGAUUGUUUGUGAAUCUCCAAUAAUUGGG